AGGAGAGGAAAUGUGAUUGGAUGAUAAAUGGCAGUAUUGUUUUUGAGAGGCUCACGGUGAAGCCUUCUCCUUUAGAGUGACAGAUCAAUUGUAGCUUAAUGUGACUGCUAUCAAUAUUAAAGCAUAGCUGACGCACUAUCCCAGCUGUAGGAAAGCACAUACAAAUUCAUUGUUGUCAAUGACAGUCUGAAGGCAACGGUUUCUGUGAAGAAGCUGAAUGUAACAGUCAUCUUCUGAGACAAAUUAACCAUGAAGGCUACAGAGAUGGAUGGAACUCAAGACAGCCAUGUAACUCUUCUCAGAGCCCUCCUCACUGAAAAAGACGAGGAUCUCAAUCAGCUCAACAAAGAAAUGAAGAAACUUCAGCUCAUCAACAAGCAACUAUUAGAGGAACAAUGCUUGGGAAUGUCAACAAAUAAAAGAUUUCAGGACAAGACUAACAAAGCUCUUGAAAACAAGGUAAAAGGAGACACAACUGAUUCUAAUCACACUGCACCCGUAGUGCUACAACAAAGAAUCGAGGAUCUAAACAGAUACCUCAAAGAGCUUCAGGAGGCCAAUGGUAAUGCUGUCAAUGAACUCAUGAAGGCUGAUGAGGAAAUCUCCCAACUGAGAGGUGAAAUGGCUAAACUAAGAUCAAAAUAUGCUGAAGAGCUGCAGGAUGCCAAGAAACAGAAUGACUACCUUAAAGAUAAGAUUAACAGAUUGCAUUAUGAUCUAUCCAAACUCACUUUGGAGGAGGAUGCUUUUGGCUUAUUGGAUGAAAUCCAUCAAUUACGGAACGAGUCCCGAAAGCUCAGAGAAGUCAAUCACAAACUUGAUGAAGAAAACCGUCAAUUAAAAGAAGUGCUUUGGGAUUUCAAGCAAGAGCGGAAAUGGCUGUCAAAGAAAAUCUUCAAGAAAAAGAGGGUUGAAAUGGCCAAAAGGGGUAGUGGUGCAAAAUCUCCAAAGAAGUUGGACCUACCUAAGAAACAACAGGAGACUGACAAACAGAAAAGGUCUUCUCUUCCAUUCCAGUCACAAGGAGCAUCUCUGUCUUCACAGUUCAAAUUUGAAUAUUUCAAUAUUGAAGAGAGGAGUGGUUCAAACAAAUCGAGUGAGCAAGUGACCUUUGAUCAAGGGCUACAAACAUGGGACGGUAAUCUGUGUGAUGUAGAUGGGGCGAGCGAUGAUGAUAUGUCAUCUGUAAGCCAAGUUAAUGGUCAACAUCAGUUUCCACCAUGUUCCAGUUCAAUUCCUUGUAACUCCACAACUUCUCCUGGUUUUUGGAUCAACUGCCUCAACAGAAAAAACGCAGGGAGGCCCAUUGAUAAAGGAGUAUUGCCCCGACGUCCAUUCGCUCCCAGAAGCAUUGCAGAUCUGAAAAUUGGGCACCUCGUUAAAUUCUCCCGACCUGCAGGGAAAAUCAGCAAAGGAUUGAUUAAAUACUUGGGUCACUUACCAGGUCGACAGGAAGCAUACCUGGGCGUAGAACUGGAAGGCGAUGAAGUAGGACGGCAUAAUGGAACAUUUGAAGGAGUUCGUUAUUUCAUUUGUAAAUUGAACAAAGGUGUCUUUGUCAACUUCAAUAAAGUUAUUAUGGCGUGGGAGUAGAAAGGAAGGAAAAUAACUUCUGAUGUGAAAUACAAAAGAAACCACUAUCUUUCCACCUGGACCUAGAUUUUCUUCAAUUGUAAACAAGCAGCAUCCUCUUCUCAGAGACAGGGAUGUCAUACGCCUCAUUUUAUCUUGUUUGUAGAAGAGGCUAAACUGGACUCAGUGAAACUUCUCUGUUCUUGCAAGAAUACCAGCGAUUGAGUUAUAACAAUUUGUGGGAGAAUUGGAGUUGGAUUAAAAUUAGUCCCUGAAUUGUUAGAAGUAUAAUUUCAAAUAUGCCAAACUAGCAAUGUAGUAGAAAAGCUAACAACCCAAUUGCAAUGUCUAUCAUAUGUAAAAAUAUGCAAUUACACAGGGGUUUUGUAAAUUAAGCUGCAGUCAUCUCCAAUGUUCCUGUUUGCAUCAGACAAGAAAACUCAUGAAGUACAUGAAAACCAAUGGGUGCAAAAGUUGGCUAUGCAAUCUGAGCAGACCCAGAAGUAAACAUCCUUGGAAAAUGUUGAAUGUAUGAAGACUUAUGCUUAUUGGUUCAAGUUAAAUAACAUGCAUCAGUAAACUGCCCACUCAUUUCCAGAGAUAUCUCUGAUACCUAGCAUUAUUCUUACCUUUGUUGCAAUCUCCAUAACAACUGGAAACUUUCAAACUGAAAUUUGAGCUUUUAAUUAUUAGCUGAAAGAGUGGCACACAAGAAUAAUAUUUUGCUGUGACAAAUGCAGAAUUGGCACUCUUACUACUAAACACAAUUUUCUUUUCAUUGGUAUCUGAUAUGUUAAAUUACUGAACAAAAUAGGCUCCUUUAUACUUUUAAUGACAAGUUAAAAUUUGUUACAUUAGUCUCUUAAAUGAGCAUUCAAUCCUUCUUCAAUCAAUCCCAAGUGAGUUACAGUUCUUUUUCUUUUCCAAAUGUUAUUUUCCACAGUGUGAGUUUUACUAUGGUUUCUCCAUCUAAUUUCAGUCACACAAGCCCUCUAACCUCGAUUAAACUGCAUACAAACUCAGUCUUCAAACUGAACUUGAGCUCCCACUUUCAGUCCACAUGGUGAACAAUAGGGUCAUUAUUUUCUCUGCUUAAGGUGCAGGUAUGACUCUUUCAGUUGGCUGCAACCCCACAAUUGAAACUCUCCCAGUGUGUGAUAUUCCUGAGUUUAUAGGAAUGAGUAUAACCAUAAUCUUUCAAUGGCUUCCUCUAUUCUUUUCUCCAUUGCAAAGGAAAAUACAUUAGCAUUUCUACUUGAAAGCUAAGGUAAUCUGCUAACUCUGAUUACACUGGCCUUUCACCUUUGAUAAAAAGGGUUAUGUUAGCACAACUGUUUACAAAUUAAUUUCAAUAACAUCUUAUUGCUUUUGGGAAACUAGGAGUUUUGGACUUAGAAAUAGCUGUCAUCAUUCCCAAAUGUAAAUUCCUUGCAUAGUCCCCUCAACAAAAUAGUCUGAGCCCUUCUUUGAUCUUUUAAAAAUUUAAAGCACACAGAUUUAAUGUCAGAUAGGCUUCGGCAUAAAUCAUAUUGCCUCUUUGAUUUCUCCUAAAAUUUAAUGCUACAGUCCCAAACUUCAACAUUUUUAGAAAUAAAAAUGUAUUGUCCUAAAAAUAUAACAAUCCUAUUGUAACAUCCUCUAAACUAGUUCACGUUAGUACUCAACAUUCUGCUCCCCCCACUCCCUAAAUCCAUUCAAAGUGACAUUUUUCACCCUAAUCUCCCUUACGGUUGGAAGCUGCUCACUCUUCUAAUUUGUACUUUACCCUGAUACUAUUUUUUAAGCAAGAGCUUUAUUUUAAAGAGCAUUAUCCCCUUUUCUGUUUGAAUUUUUAAACUUUUCUUUAUCUGCAUUGUCUGAUAUCCACAGUCAAGAGUGGGUGCAUUGGAUCUUCCAAGGUAAUUCCCCUUAUAUCCUUCAACCAGCAGAGACACAUACUCUUUCUGCUCCUGAACUUACAGCAUGCUUACAACAAUUGAGUGAUAAAUUGCUUACCAUUCCAACAAUAUUCAACCAUUAUGUGUCAAAAUCUGCAUUUGUGCAUCAAGUCAUAUCUGCAGGUUCACCUCCUAUUAAAAAGUUUCAGAGUCUACAGUUCUCUGUACCUGUAUGUACAUCACCAUGACUGAACACUAAGGAAAGUUUUUCAGAGGCAAAAAUACAAGAGGUUCAUGAGUAUUUAAUAAUCAUACUGAUGAUAAUUCCCUCAGAUACCUAACUGCAACUUUGCAUUUUCCGUUACCUGCAAAAUCACUUGUUUCCAAUAAACUGCAGCAUAAAUUCCAAUUCUCCUUCUUUACCCAAAUAGUGAUAUUUUUUCCCAAAAUGCCAUAUGCUAUUCAUGAUAAGAUAUUCAGAAUGAUGGAAAUUUGUAUCAUUAUGUACUGUCCUUAAGAUUGCCAGGCAAUCAAUUACAAAUUAUUUUUCUGAGCAGACUCUGCAAGAUUCGAUCAGGCAUCACUGAAUACCAACUAUUGUAGAUGGAAAAUUACUGAAUAAACUGGAUUUGUAACAGCAAAUCAGAUUUUCCUAUAUAUAUAUGAAUCAUGCCAAUGUGAUUUCAAGAUUUUCAUAGAAUAGAAUAUCUUUGGCACCAUUUUGUUUUCUGACCAUCUCAAUUCUUCUGCCUUUCAGCUUUUCUCUAUUGUAAAGAUCCUUGAGCAGAGACUACAUCACAAAGAAAAAACAUAUUUAGCAUAUUCCCUGGUGUGGUUGUGCCAUUUAAGCUUUGCACUCGAAAUGGAAUGACACUUCAGAUCGUGACACUACACAAUUAAACUGAGAAAAUGCGUGGCCAUGAAAUCAUCCCUGGCGUGACCAAUACAACAUGUGUGAGGUUUAAUCAGAUUGACAACAGAUGAGUCAUUUGUCCACUAUUUUAUCAUUGAAAUUAUUUCAACACAUUUUGGGUGACAUUUUCCAAACAUAAAUAUGAUGCUCUGUUUGUCUUAUUGUCAUUUAUUUAAUGUUAAAUUCAAUUUGUUAAAAGGAAUUUAAUGUCUGAACUGUGAGUAAAUGAAUGAUUAUUGGUUAAUUGUGACUCAGUGUUUUUUUCUAAGUCAAUAAAGGAGGUGCAUUGAAUGCUGGUUUUUGAAGGAGUUUUGUUUUAACCUGCAAGUCGCAUCCAAUACCUAUUCGAUAUCUGAUCAGCAAAUAAGAACAUUAACCCCAAUUUUGACUUGGGGCAUCAACAGACUGGGUGGAAACCAGUGCAGAUCUUGACAGAAUCAGGCUUCAGAAGUUAUAACUCUUGGGCCUUAUCUGCAUCGCUCCAUCAAAUUUUCCCAUUGAAAACUGUGAAUUCAGACACCAGGAGGUCACCACCAUAGAACCAAGGAAUGUUUAUGGUGCAUGGAUAAAGUAAGGGCAACAACUUUGCAGCAAUAAUGCUCGAAUAAUAUGAAUUGAGUUGUUUGUAUUUUUGCAAUUGAGAACAGUUUCAUUUUAGAAGCAAUAACCAUGGGUCACCUCAACUUCAAGAUGGUGGCAGAAUAGCAGCGCAACAUGUGGUCCACUUUACUUUUUAUUGCUCUUUGUAUGCUUUUUAAAAAUGUUUCCAUUUUUAAUGGUACCUUACAUUCUUCUAACUACUUGGAUGCUAGUGAGGCGAGGAACAGGGAGCGAGUGUCUUCUCUUGGCCCAGACCCAGCGACGAGAUGGCUUCCAGCAGCCGGGAAUAGUGGUAAAGGCCUAGUGGGCGGUUUCCAUUGUGGUGGCCUCCCAAAGUGGCUACCUUGUCCAGGACGGGUGGUCUUGUCAUGGUGUGGAGGUCUAGCCCUGGUGUGGAGGUUUUCUUUGGCAGCUUCCAGGAAAUUCCAGUAGCCCAGUGUGAAGGUCAAGUCUCAGCACAGAGGUCUCAACUUGGCAUGGAGGUACUGCACUUGCUUUAUAGGCGGCUUCCAGGUCUUCCAGCGGCCCACUGUGGAGGUUGAGUCCCACCAUGGAGGUCUCAUCUCGUGGUGGUUGGGUGGUCUUGGCCUGACACUGCAUUCUGGUUUCAGCCUGGUUUUCCAACAUACCUGAACCCAGAGCCAUAAAUUGAACUGUGAUUAACUUUUACUUUUAUCUCUUAUUUAUGACUUCUAAGUGCCGUGGUAUGCUACUUAUAAAACUUUUCACUGUAUUUCUUCUUGCAAAAGUACAUGU